AUGUCAAGUCUGUGUCCGCCAGAGGCUGAUCAGUUAAAUCAUCCCAAGCUGUGGUGAAAAGGCGGUUCCUAAAUAUGCAAUCGUGCGGCGGAGAAAAGGCAUACGUUGGGGGAUCGGUCAGGAAAGUGACGGGGUUCAAUGUCGUGCAGUGGGAGAAAGUCAUGCGAUCAGCCUCGGACGAGGGACCAUGUCUCCAAAGGAACCAAAGAAGGCGACAACAGGGUGCCGCUCAAUCUCCAGCGAGGACAUGGAUGGUGCUGUGUUCGCCUGUUUCUCUUUCUACGGCACCCUACUCAUCCUGAAGAUGUACUCCCUGGCUGUCAUCACCGGGCAGCUGCGGCUCCGUAGAAAGGCUUUUGCCAACCCAGAGGAUGCAUUGAGACACGGUGGACUGGCUUAUCAUCGAACUGAUCCUGAUGUGGAGCGGAGUCGAAGAGCCCAUCGCAAUGAUAUGGAAAACAUCUUUCCUUUCUUGUUUCUUGGUGGUAUCUACUCGCUGAUGGAACCCAACCUCUACAUUGCCCACGUCCAUUUUCUGGUCUUCUUUGUGGCUCGGGUGGUCCAUAGUGUUGCCUAUCUCUGUGCUCUGAAAGCUCCAACCCGUUCACUGGCUUACACCAUUGGACAGAUUCCCUGCAUAUCCAUUGCUCUGCAGAUCCUUGUCAAUGUCGCAGCCCGUUGGUAGUCCUGACCUGUCCACAGUGCCAUUGGGUGUAUUGUUGCCUGAGAUGGAUUGGAACCCAAGACUGAAGAACACAUGGUUGUGCUGUAGCUUGCACUUUAUAGACUUGGGAGCAGUUAUGAUUAAAAAAAAAAUGUGCCUUAAGAAUCUUUCAAAAUGAAAGUCUUGCUUCAGUAUAUUAUCUGCAAAAAUGUUAAAAUGAAGUAUUGCUUGACUUGAGCCUAUUUAUCUUAGAGGUUGCUAAAAACUGCUACAAAGAAUAAGAUGUGUACCUCUAUCAUUUUCAAACUACUUAAAGUUUGUUUCAUUCCAGGGAGAUGUUGGUAGGUGACCAUCCAUCCUAAUCUGUGCGGGACAUUUCCACAUGUAAACAUCAUAUCCAGGAUAGGGGUGGAAUGUUGCCAGGAUACCCUUCUGACAUAUUGCCCUCUGGACUGUGAUUUUCCUUGAGGUUGAAUGGUGUUUAUCUUGUAGCUCUGUGCAGCAAGGGUGGGAAGUAUGAAACAAAGGCAGGAACAAAAUGCUGGAAGUGUCAGGAUCAGAGCAGCAUUCAGGGUAGCAAGUGAGUUGGUGGGGGGAGGAGGAGAGUGAGAAAUGCAUGGAAUCCUUGCUCUGAUGGGGUUACUAUAUGGAGGAGCAUGGGCUCGAAUGGAGGGAAAGAAAAACUAAUUGGCUCUCAAAGUUCUGCCGUCACCAAUCUGAUCCAGUACCUUCCUAGCUGACAAGGAUGUGAAAAAUGGUGGCUAAUAAUAACUUCAUCUGUAGGUUUUCUAUUGAAAUUCUAUUGUCUGGUUGUUCCUCCAUUCCAAUACCACAUACCCUUGCUCAAUGAUCUAAAGUGUGGUAAUACUUAAUCAUUUUGUUAUGAAAGUGCAGGAAAUAAUGAUGCAGAACUGACCUGGAGACUCCAGCAAUGGAAGUUUAACAGUAAGAACUCUGCAAUUAAAAGCAAUAACAGUG